AAUUUUUUAUUUUAUUUAUUUAUUUAUUUAUUUAUUCAAUAAUAAUAAUGAGCUCAUCACUUGCUUCACCUAGUACUCGAUUAGCAAAAAGGAAGCGACAGAUAGAAGGAGAAGAAGAUAAAAUAACAGAAGGGCCUAUCGAUCAGCCUACUUCGCGUGAUGCUUCUGAUGAAGAUAACACUGAUUCAUCUAUUCUUCCAUCAAAAGAAGAAAUAAUUCAUACUGCCAAACGAAAACGUCAGUUAGGUUCUACUAUGACACCUUUUACAACUGAAGAAGAAGAAAAAAAUAAAUCUAUUGCAACAUUACCUGAAGGAAUUGAAGAACGUUAUGGGUUCAAAAUUAAUCCUCCUCCUAUUGGAAGACCCGUUAGAAUCUAUUGUGAUGGUAUUUAUGACUUGUUCCAUUUCGGUCAUGCCAAGGCGCUUGAACAAGCUAAAAAAGCAUUUCCUAAUGUUUAUUUACUAGUUGGAGUGUGUAGUGAUGAAGAAACUCAUAAACGUAAAGGAAAGACAGUAAUGACUGAUAUCGAAAGAUAUGAAGCUGUUCGACAUUGUAAAUGGGUUGAUGAAGUGAUUGAGAAUGCACCAUGGAUAGUGGAUCAAAAUUUCCUUGAUGAACAUCAAAUUGAUUAUGUUGCACAUGAUGCUGAACCUUAUCAAAGUCGAGAAUCCGGUGAUGUCUAUGCCUUUGUAAAAGACCAAGGUCGCUUUUUCCCGACUGAACGUACAGAAGGCAUCUCAACUUCAGACUUGAUUACACGUAUCGUUCGAGACUAUGAUGCUUAUUUAAGAAGAAAUCUGGAGAGAGGUGUGACGGCUAAAGAACUUAAUAUUUCAUUUUUGAAAGAACGUAAAAUCAAGACAAAGAAAUCAAUCCAGGAUUUAAGGAAAACAAUCAAGUCGGCUAUUCAUGAUACGAUCUUACUUUGGGAGGAUAAGCGACAUGAUUUUAUUCGUGGUUUUAGUGGUGUCUUUGGAGCUGAGGAUGUUGUAGAUAAAUUUUGGAAAUACCGUAGUAACCGUAAUAAUCGAUUAUCAUCUAAUGCAAGUAGCAGCAGAGAUUUGUCUGAAGAAGAUGAAAAUGAGAAAGAUAAUGAACUAGGCUUAUAGUCAAAAUUAACUGAUACAUAUAUACACAAAUAUAAAAAAAAAGAUACAUAUUGAAUAUAUUUUUUUUUUAAAAAAAAAAUGACAAU